AUCAGGGGCUGGUUUCAGCGUUGACCGCGUGUCCUUGGCACAGACAACACUUCCAACGCACAACGCGCAAGCGGAGUCGAGAGAUCUCUUUCAGAUUCGGUCCUCUCAAGACGAAGCAUUCACAGGCGAUUCGGCGCUUCCAUCGAGGUCGGUUUGCGACUACGGCUCCACAGUAAGGCGCCCCCUGUCACUGCUGACGCUACUGCAUUGACCCACAACGCUUAGGAGCAGGUGCGUCACUUACUGUUCCGUAACGGUCCCCGUCUCUGUCGCAUGUACGCUCUUCGGUGCUUUCUGCACUGAUUGCGCAGGAAAGCUUCAACGAUUCAAAGACAGCAACGGUCUGGCACUGGCCACCCGAGCGCAUCUGCAUUGACCCCCACACACACAAUGAUCCAGUAUCCGCCCUCCCCGAAUCCUUUUGCCCUCCCGCAGCAACGCACCAACCCACCCCUCCCCGCCAUGGCCACCCCUUUCGUCCCCCCGCCCUAUGGCAUGGGCCUCUCGCCCCCAUAUUUCAUGAAGCACUCGGCCUCAGCACCCAGGCCGGCGUCAGUGCCGCCUCUCCCGCACGUGCUUCCCACGCCAUCCACGCCGGUGCUCCACUCCACACCACUCACCCCUCACGGACACGGGGGGCCCGGUCUGCCUGUGCUUCAGCCACCUGCAGUCGCAGUCACAGCGUGGCCUGACCCGUAUAAGAGGAAGCCCACUACACACACACUCGAGAGGGAGGCCUACCACUUACCACACAAGCGGCAGCCUCUCUUGGUGCGGCAGAUGCCGCCGCAGAGCGUCUUCCCGCUCAGCCACACAAUCAGGAGGGAGCAGUAUGGAAUGGCCCAGGGCCAGGUGCAGCAGAUGCAGCCGACACAACCACAAGGCGAGCGGGGCCGGGUCACACUGGUCGUCGGCCCUCCUGCUGCUGCUCCCAAAACGGCCCCCCCUCAAUGGGUCGAGGUCCCGGCGCGCAAGAGCCGCUUCAACGUGAUAAAGCGGGAGGAGUACCAGUCGGGCAAGCCCAAUACCUACGACACGUGGGAGUCGGACCUCUUCGACCCCAAGAUGCGGCACCUGCAGCCAAGUCAGGUCAUCAGAUUCGAGCGGUCCGUGCGAGAGGAAGACGAUGCCGAGGGGGACCUCGGUGCCGCCACGGUGGCCGCUGCCAAGGCUGCUUGGGGGGUGGGAAAAGACGACCAGCAGAACAAGAAUAAGCACACUACCGUCGUGCGGCAACAAACCGGCGCUGACCAGCAGCACAGGUGGGUGACAGACAGAUGAAUGCUUUCCUGAAUGGCCUGUCUCUCUGUCAGGGGGACGGCACUUGGGCGGAAUACCAGGGUGUCUCGGCUUUCGACAGUGACGGGCGGUCAGUCUAACGUUCCCGACAAUGGGCGGACAGAAACGGCCGAUCUCUUCUUCAGCAAAGUGCCCAACAAGCCCUUCGAAACGGCUGAGAAGGGACACCACCCGAAAGACGGUACGCAGGCAAACACCCCCUGUCCGUCUAUAAGCCUGCAUGUCUCCGUCUGUCUGGGUGUGUGCAGCGGCCAAGAUUUAUCGUCUUCACGCCAGGGCGGCCGCCAAUCGACCGCCAACUCCCAACUUCCCGGCAGCCAAGCGGCCUACCGUCCCACCCUCUGCCGUCCAGUUGCGCGGCCCCCCGCCCCGCACAGCGCCCAGCCGGUCAGGCAGACACACUCCCCUCACACGCAAAGCGGCUCCAGCACAGGUAAGGCGGUUGACACAGACAUACAGAAACGCACACACACCGAGACAGACAUCGCAUGCAUCCCGUGACUGUGUGUAGGGCCGUGACCGGUCGCCUCCUGCCCGUGUUGUGGACCGGUCGUCGUCCCCCACGGCUAUGCAGGGCCACCGGGGGCAUGCACAGAAUCAUAAGACGGAGAGCAAGUCGGGUGGCCACGGUAGCAAAGCCACGGACUCGUCAGGAAACAAUGGCGUUUUUUCGUUCGGUCCGCGAGGCGUCGCCACUCCACCGAAAGCCAAACGACCGUCGGCCAAGGUGGUGAGUCAGGCCAUCCAUCCAUUUAUCCAUCCAUCCAUCCAUCCAAUAGGCAGAAUUGUCACCCAUCCAUCCCUUUCCGCCUCUCUCCUUGUGUUGCGUGCGUCUUGUGUAGAGUCGGCCAGCAAGCCGCGGGCGGUCUCCGGUGCGCACGCCCCCAGUGCUGCGUGAGCUGUCGCGGCGCCCCACCCCCACGGGCUCCGCCACCCCUGUGCAGAGACAGGGCACACGACUCUCACAAGAGGUAGGUACAGUAUCGGUAGGUACAUGGAGGGGAGGCAAGGCAACCACACACACGUCAUCACAUCAGUAAGUAAUCCACAGCCCGUCUGUCUUGUAUCGUCCAUCAGGCUGCUCCCAAGCCCCCGUUUCGCUCUGGCAUAGCCCCCGCCAAGGCGACAGUUCCUCCUCAGCGCAUCCGGAGUCGCUCGCCCUCGCCGGGUGCAUGGCCCUUGUUGAGCGGCCCGGCCCGUGCCAAGCAGCGUGUGGAGGAGCGUCGCCGUCGUGAGGAGCGGCAGCGGGUGCAGUCUCAGCAGAGGGGGGCCACUGAGGAGGACAGGGGGGUCAUCGACGCGAAGUGCUGCAAUGUCAAGGGAGUCAUCGCCAAAAUGAAGGCAGACAGGGAGAGAGCACGGAGCAGGGUGAUCAUGGAGCAGGCGGAGAGACACUCCACACACACACACACACACACACACAAAUAGAGGAAAGGAUCUAAGGAUCUUGUUUGUGCUGUGCUCUCCUGUGCUGUGCUGUGCUGUGGGGUGUUGUGUCGUGCAGGGGCGUCCUUCAAGCGGCAGUGGUGGCCACGGCAGCGGCGGAGGGGGCAGGAGUGGCGCCUCGGCAUUGCGGGCCGCCGGGAACAACAUAUGUGCCCGACAGAAGCCCGGCGGGCCCGCAUAUAUCUUCCAGACAGACAGCGGAGGUACGCCCGUGAGUCAGAGAGCACAUCAUCAUACGUAGAUGAUACUUACAUAAUUACAUAUACAAAUCGAUCAGAGUACAUGUUGGCGUUUGACCCGGAGGCAUACGAGCCCAGCCAGAUUAUCAAGUGGGAAGGUACGUCACGUGAUUCAAUCAGGCAAUCAAUCAACGCACUCUAACCCCAUAUAUAUCUGAUGCGUGUGUGGGUACUUUGGGUGGGCAGAUUUGGAGCUCAAAUAUCUCAUUGCCGAGGGGGCCUUCGGAUCAGUACGCGAUCUAUUCAUCACAGCCCGCUACCCUCUCUUUUUUUCUUCUUUCUGGCUGCCGUGUCUGUCUGUGUGCGUGUGUGUCUACAGGUGUUUCGUGGUGUGCAUCGCGGCGAGUUUGGCGAGAGGGACGUGGCCGUCAAGGUCUUCUUCUCUGACAAAAGUGAGGGAGGGAGUCAGUCAGUCAGCAAGGGCCUGAUCGAACAUACACGUGUGUAUGUAUGCAGCUGGUCCCAUAUCGAAGGAGCAUUUCCUCAACCUGGAGCGGGAGCUCAACGCAUAUCGGUCGGCCUGCAUCUCUUCAAAAUGAAUAUUGUGUGUGUGUGUGUCACGUAAGUGUCCUGUGUGUGGCAUCCAGUGUGGUGUCUCACCGCAGCAUUUUGCGGCUGGUCGGCGUGUGCAUCGAGCCGCCACACCUGGCCAUCGUCACCGAAUACCUUCACGGAGGUAGGUGAGAUGAGACAGGCACACAGGCAUGCAUGCCAUGGAUCAAUCAUGUGUGCCUGUGUGCUUUUAGGGAAUCUGUUUGACAUUUUGUUCAACCAUUUGCGCGUCGUGACGGCGGAGGAGCGGCUGAUCUAUGCGAAGCAACUGGUACGUGAGCGACCAGGGAAUGAGGGGGGGUAAGGCAGUCUGCUUCCCUCUCCCUCUCCCUCUCCCUCUCUGCCUCUGUCCGUGCCUGUCUGUCUGUCUGUCUCAGUGUGAGGUGGUGAUAUACCUUCACAGCAUGACGCCGCCCAUCGUCCACCGCGACCUCAAGACACAGGCAGGGCCUGGAGGCAAUGUUAACACAACACAUGCGCAUCUCACUCAUCCCACAGGCAUCUGUCUGUGUGUCUAUACUUGUGUGGUGUGGAUUGACUAACUGACGCAUCGCAUCGCAUCGCAUCAGAACAUGCUGCUGGACAACAGGGGGAAGAUGAAGCUGUGCGACUUCGGAAUGGCCAAAAAGAUGGUAGUUAGGAUAGACAGAGAGAGAGAAAGGCACACCCGACACCAGACACCUUGUCGUGUCUGUCAUGCCACCUGAUCGAUCGCUGUGUGCGUCCCUCUGCGUGUGUCUGCAGGAGAACGGACAGUUCCUGGUGUUGGAUGACAACGGCGGCUCGCCGCGAUACAUGGUGAGUGAGUGAGUGAGUGAGGGAGGGAGGGAGGGAGACACACACGGCUCCGGCCGGCAGUGCCGUAUUUGUCGCACAUCUCGUGUGUGUGUUUUGUGUGUGUGUGUGUGUGUGUGUCUAUGCAGGCGCCCGAGAGCUACAUGAAGGGCGGCACCAUUGACGAGAAAGCCGAUAUCUGGGGACUCGGUUAGAUAAGACGAGAGCUGUCUGUGCCACAAAUCAAUCAAUCGACCAGACAAGCGACACACGCUCACGCCCUCGCCGGCCCCUCGGGCGGCGUGUGUUGUGUGCAGGUUGUUGUUUGAUCGAGUUGUUUGGGGGUCCCAUUCCGUACGAGGAGCUCGACAAGAUGCCCGACGUCAUCCGACGCAUCUUCCACGAGCGCAAGAACCCAACCAUCCCAGAGACCUUUGAAAUACAAACCAAGCGCAUCAUCGAACAGGUGUGCGGUGCGGCACGAGGGAGGGAGGAAGGGUGGGCUGGCGCCGCUCUCUCUCUCUGUCUGGAUGUGUGUCUCUCUGUGUGUAUGUGUGUCUCUGCGCGCUGAUGCAGUGUUUUGACCGGGACCCUCGAGAGCGGCCGGCAGCUGUGGAGGUGCUGGAGGUGCUGCAGACACUCACCCCCACCAUAGUCAGACGACACGGUCAGUGAUCGAUCGAGUCGAGACACACACAAGUCUCAGAGGCAGGGCAGGCCAGCAAAACAGAAGCUCAAGAUACCAGUCGCCUGCCUGCCUGCCUGCAGAGAUGGACAUGCUGUACCCUCGCGAGUUCGACGAGCACGGCCACGUGGCGGGUGUGGUGGACAAGGACUGAUUGAUUAGUCGACUGACGGACGGAGGGAGGGCGGGAGGGAGGGGAACUGGUCAGUCAGUCAGUCAUCGGUGGAGUGAGACGUGGCGUAGAGUAGCCAGUGAGUGAGUGAGUGCGGCGUACAUCCAUCCAUGUGCUGUGCAGGACACUAAUGGCUUGAUUGAAUGUCCGUCCAUAAUCAAUUCAACUAAGUGUGUGCUCAACUCAACAUCCAAGCCGGUGGAGUGGGCUGUCUGCAUUGAAU